CGGCUGCCGGUGUAGCUGCGGGAGCAGAGGAAGGAGGCAGUGCGUCCCUAGAGGCGUGCGCCGGGCGGAAGGACCGACGGACCCACGCGCGCAGGGAGAGGGCCGGCGGCGAGAAAUCUGCUGGCAUUGUGGGACCGCUUCAGGGCUGCCGAACGAACGCCAACUUGCUUCGUGUGUUUCGGGCAGGUCUAGGGCAGGUGGCAGCCCCGUCAUGGAUGGUGACAGACUUUUUGAUGAAGAAACCCAGAGCAGGCGAUGUCAGCCAGGGCGAUUUGGCUGUCAAAGGUUUUGAUAAAACCUGCCGUGUUCUCUUUCGGGGAAUCCGAAUGAGGGAGAUUACAGACACCUUCACCGGGAAGCCAAGGACAUUUCUGUAUAAUCAGUGGAUGAAAGGAUUUUCUCAGAGACUCUUUUUCCUUUUCCUUGAGGAUUAAUCCACCGCAAUCUACAAUUCCAGUGGAAGCCACAAGGCACAGGACGUGGCAGGAGCCUCGGGAGAGCCUUCGGAAUUGUUCUGGACCCUUCCUUUUUAGCCUAGAGGAGUUUACCACUUGCCACCCGCCGCCCCUCCCAGCCCCUACACUCCCUCCUGAUGAGCUCCUUAACCUGUUCUCAUUCCCUGAAUUGAGUUCUGUUUCCAAAACUGUCCUCUGCAGCUAUAAGUGGAUUGCCAGAAAGGAGAGAUUAAGAGCUGGGAGAAGAGGAAGCGCCGUGUGUUGUGUCUCCUCUUGGCUGCCGACAUGAAGUGCUUUCUCCCAGUGCUGGGCUGUCUGGCUGUGCUGGGUGUCGUGUCAGCGCAGCGGCAAGUCAGCAUCCAGGAAGGACCCCUGUACCGCACAGAGGGCUCUCACAUCACCAUCUGGUGCAACGUGAGCGGCUUCCAGGGGCCCUCUGAGCAGAAUUUCCAGUGGUCCAUUUACAUGCCCAAGGCCCCGGAACGGGAGAUCCAGAUUGUCAGCACCAUGGACGACACUUUCUCUUAUGCCAUCUACACGCAGCGUGUCCGCAGCAGGCAGAUCUACGUGGAGAGGGUCCAGGGGAACUUGGCCCUAUUACACAUCAUUGAUCUCCAGACCCGGGAUGCCGGGGUGUACGAGUGCCACACGCCCAGCACUGACGAGCGGUACUUCGGGAGUUACAGCGCCAAGACGACCGUCGUGGUGAUCCCGGACACCCUGCAGGCCACCUCUGUGCCCCAGACGUUGCACAAAGUGGAGCAGGACCGCCUGGAGCUCACAUGUGACACGUCCACGGAGACGCUGCAGCACAGCCACGUGUCAGUGGCCUGGCUCCGGCAGCGGGGUGGCGAGAAGCCGGUGGAGGUCAUCGCCCUGAGCCGGAACUUUGUGCUGCAGUCGAGCAGCGACUAUGCGCAGAGGCAGAGCCUGGGGGAAGUGCGCCUGGACAAGCUGGGGGGCACCACCUUCCGCCUCACCAUCUUCCACCUGCAGCCCUUCGACCAGGGCGAGUUCUACUGCGAGGCCACUGAGUGGAUCCAGGACCCGGACGGCUCGUGGUACCCCAUGACCCGAAAGCGUUCUGAGGGGACCGUGGUCAACGUCCAGCCCACUGACAAAGAGUUCACCGUUCGGCUGGAGACGGAGAAGCGGCUGUACACGGUGGGAGAGCCGAUGGAGUUCAGAUGCAUCCUGGAGGCACAGAACAUUCCUGACCGUUACUUCGCUGUCUCCUGGGCCUUCAACAGCUCACUCAUCGCCAGCAUGGGGCCCAACGCCGUGCCAGUCCUCAACAGUGAAUUCGCCCAUCGGGAGGCCAGGGGCGAGCUCCAAGUGGUCAAGGAGAGCGACAGUGUCUUUGUGCUGAAGAUCUACCACCUCCGCCAGGAGGACAGCGGCAAAUACAACUGUCGUGUGACGGAGAGGGAGAAAACAGUGACCGGGGAAUUCAUCGACAAGGAGAGCAAGCGUCCCAAGAACAUACCCAUCAUUGUCCUCCCCAUCACAGAUAACUGGGUAGUUAGAGUUCCCCAGCACCACCAGAUCCUGCCCCAAGGCCACGUGGAGAGCAGCAUCUUUGUGGAUGUGGCCAGCAACGCCAGCGUCAUCCUGGAGGGCGACAAUCUGCACCUUACCUGCAACAUCCGGACGACGGGCCGGCCACCCAGCCGCUUCUCCGUCAUCUGGCAGCUGGUGGACCGGCAGAACCGCCGUAGCAACAUCAUGUGGCUGGACCGAGACGGCACUGUGGAGCCCGGCACAUCCUACUGGGAGCGCAGCAGCUUUGGGGGCGUCCAGAUGGAGCAGGUGCAGCCCAACUCGUUCAGCCUGAGCAUCUUCAACACCAGGAAGGAAGACGAGGGCCAGUACGAAUGCCACGUGACCGAAUGGGUACGGGCCGUGGACAACGAGUGGCAGAUCGUGGGGGAGCGCCGGGCCAGCACUCUUGUCUCCAUCACCGCUCUCGAAACGGGCUUCUCAGUCACUGCCAUCUCCCGCACGCCGGGGGUAACCUACAACGAGUCCUUCGACCUGCAGUGCAUCAUCAAACCCCAUUAUCUCUCCCGGGUCCCUGUGUCAGUGACGUGGUGGUUCCAGCCGGUGGGCACCAACGAGUUCCACGAUCUGGUGACCUUCACCCGGGAUGGAGGAGUCCAGUGGGGGGACAGAUCUUCCAGCUUCCGGACCCGGACGGCCAUCGAGAAGGCAGAAUCCAGCAACAACGUCCGGCUGAGCAUUAGCCGAGCCAGCGACACGGAGGCGGGCAAGUACCAGUGUGUGGCGGAGCUGUGGCGGAGGAACUACAACAACAGCUGGAUGCGGCUGGCCGAGAGGACCUCCAACCUGCUAGAGAUCCGGGUGCUGCAGCCAGUGACAAAUUUGCAGGUGAGCAAAUCAAAGCGGACCCUCACCCUGGUGGAAAACAGGCCCAUCCAGCUGAACUGCUCAGUCAAGUCCCAGACCAGCCAGAACUCCCACUUCGCUGUGCUCUGGUAUGUUCACAAGCCCUCGGAUGCCGACGGCAAGCUCAUCCUCAAAACCACCCACAACUCUGCCUUUGAGUAUGGUACCUAUGCCGAGGAGGAGGGCCUGAGAGCCAGGCUGCAGUUUGAGAGGCACGCGUCCGGAGGUCUGUUCAGCCUUACUGUCCAGAGAGCCGAGGUCAGCGACAGCGGCAGCUACUACUGCCAUGUGGAAGAGUGGCUGCUGAGCCCCAACUAUGCCUGGUACAAACUGGCAGAGGAGGUUUCAGGGCGCACGGAGGUCACUGUGAAGCGGCCAGACAGCCGCCUGAAGCUCAGCCAAGCGCAGGGCAACCUGUCGGUUCUGGAGACACGGCAGGUGCAGCUGGAGUGUGUGGUCUUGAACCGCACGAGCGCAGCCUCACAGCUGCUGGUGGAAUGGUUUGUGUGGAAGCCCAACCAGCCAGAGCGGGAGACCGUGGCCCGCCUGAGUCGCGAUGCCACCUUCCACUACGGAGAGCAGGCGGCCAAGAACAACCUGAAGGGCCGGCUGCACUUGGAGAGCCCUUCCCCGGGCGUGUACCGGCUCUUCAUCCAGAAUGUGGCCGUGCAGGACAGCGGCACCUACAGCUGCCGUGUGGAGGAGUGGCUGCCCAGCCCCAGUGGCAUGUGGUACAAACAGGCCGAGGACACCGCUGGCCAGAUGGCUGUUCGCGUCACUCGACCAGAUGCUGCCCUGCAGGUGGACACAGUGGUCCCCAAUGCCACGGUGUUCGAGAAGGCAGCUUUCCAGCUGGACUGUAGCAUCGUGUCUCGCUCCAGCCAGGACUCCCGCUUCGCUGUGGCUUGGUACUCCCUGAGGACUAAGGCUGGAGGAAAAAGGGGUAGCCCUGGGCCAGAAGAUGGGGAGGAGGAGGAGGAGGAAGAGGAAGUGGAGGUGGAUGAAGAGGAGGAAGAGGACCCCACAGAGCGGACAGCCCUGCUGAGCGUGGGCGCAGAUGCUGUCUUUGGCCCAGAGGGCAGCCCCUGGGAGGGCAGGCUUCGCUUUCAGAUGCUCUCCCCGCUCCUCUACCGGCUCACCGUGCUGCAGGCCAGCCCCCAGGACACGGGUAAUUACUCCUGCCGCGUGGAGGAGUGGCUGCCCAGCCCUCAAAAGGAAUGGUACCGGCUGACCGAGGAGGAGUCGGCCCCCAUCGGCAUCCGCGUUCUGGACACAAGUUCCACCCUGCAGUCCAUCAUCUGCUCCAAUGACGCACUCUUCUACUUCGUCUUCUUCUACCCUUUCCCCAUCUUUGGCAUCCUUAUCAUCACCAUCCUGCUGGUGCGCUUCAAGAGCCGGAACUCCAGCAAGAACUCCGAGGGGAAGAAUGGGGUGCCCCUGUUGUGGAUCAAGGAGCCACACCUCAACUACUCCCCCACUUGCCUGGAGCCCCCCGUGCUCAGUAUCCACCCAGGAGCCAUAGACUAAGGGGACUGCAGGUGAUCGUAAACCACGGAGGAGCUGAGGCUCUCCUCGCUGCAUCUUGCUCUACCACCAGGCAGCGGACAGCACCCGACCUCUGGGGCGCCCUCGCAGAACACAGUCAGACUUCAGAAGUGUUCAGAGUCGCCCAUCUGUCAGAGGCAGACUGCCGCUAGGUGGCAGUCUUGGCCGGUUAGCUAUUUUCGAGCAGAUGGCGCCAUCCUGCCAGUUAGGUUUCUUGUUUUUGUUUUUGGUAAUGUGGUGAGUAGCUCCCGGUGGCACGUCUACUCGCUGGUUUAUAUAGUAUUCUCAGAUAUAGAUGUUACAGGGGUUCUUAUUCUUUGUAAGGGACUCUUUUUCAAUCCCUUUGGUUUACCCUUUUUGGAUUCCAUGAUUUGUGGAUGAAUUACUCUGAACUACCACUGAUGGCAAAAGGAAGGACAGACUUUAUAGUGCAAAGGACUCUCCUCCAAGGCUUUUUUCAUUUUUGCACACUUGAAAAUCCCACCCAUGGAUCAAAAUGUACUCCAACAUUUUUUACUUCCUUAAUGAGACUUGAAAAUUAUGUGUAGUAUGGGCCCAAUUUGUAUCUUAUCUUCUCCCUCAGCUGGAGUUGUUGGAACCACUUUGUAGUCAAGAUGAAAGCAUUGAAUUUAGCUUCAAAGAACUGUGUGUGUACAAGAUAAAUCCUGCGUAUAAACCCCACUAGGAGUAGGCAGUGCCCAGCCCAGCCUAUCUGUCUUGGGGAGCAAUAGGCUUCAUCCUAUCCUUGCCAAAAAAUAAGCAGACUUGGUUGGAGAACAAGUCAGAAACUCUGAACAGUACACACUUUGCAAGUUAAAGUGGGCAGAAGGUUACUUUCAGCUACUGACUUUCAGAUUGAUCAAAGUCAGCAAUGAGUGAAAGAAGGAAAUAAGGCUGGUUGUUGGCUUGGUCUGUUCUGCAAGGGCAGUCUCUGAUAACCGUGAGCAGGUGGGCUUCUGUUUCCAGGUGCUGUAUCAAACUCUUAAGGGCAAGUGGCCAGUGAGCCUGGAAAGGGGCCAGCAACUGAGCUGAACACAUGGGGCUCAAGCAGCCACCACAUACACCAUCGGAAGGCACAGGAGCCGGCUGACAGCUUAGGUUCAUGAACAUUGGGACAGUAGCCAGCAGUGGUUUCCAGAGCCUGGUGUUGGAGAACAGGGAGGAAUAGCUACCUCCCUGGAGGUAUGAAGACGACGUUUUCCUUCUUCCUUCUGACUACAUCUUUCUCAAAGAUAUUGAUGUCUUUCUUCUUCACCAUUUGACCUGCAUCUCACUGCCAUAAGAAUAUCUGCCCAGGGGAAGCCCAGACGCAGCCCUUUGUAAUCUUUAUGGAUUACCCCAUCUCAGCAGAACGUGGUCACAUGCGUGGACUUUGUACCCUUCCCUUUCUUAGAUCUUAUUUGCGGCUUUAGGUGAUUUGGUUAUUGUUGACUUUUUAUUUGGAUGUCCCUUAAAGCCUGGUGAAGCCAAUGUCACCUGUUAUUUUUCACUUGUUGGGCAAGAUCCUGGGCUCCGGAGCAUCCUCAGUUGCAAGUGCUUCCUUUUGCUUGCUCCAUGAAGAUGUUUUUUUUUUUUUUUUUGCCUGGCUUCCUCAUACUUUGCUGGCCACUUCUCUGGUGGCCCAGACGGUAAAGUGUCUGCCUGCAAUUCUGGAGACCCAGAUUCAAUCCCUGGGUGGGGAAGAUCCCCUGGAGAAGGAAAUGGCAACCCACUCCAGUACUCUUACCUGGAAAACUCCAUGGACAGAGGAGCCUUGUAGGCUACAGUCCAUGGGGUCACAAGGCGUCGGACACGACUGAGCGAAUUCACUUCACUUCCUCAUACUUUGCUGGCCACAAGUGCCAUCUUCCUUUCUUAUGAACUUGCAGCUUGAAUCCCAAGGGAGAACCCACUUUGGAAAAAGUGUCCAGGAGUUCUGGAACUAAGUCUAACCCGAGAGAUGAGUGUGGAACGCAAUCCUGAGGCUGAACAGAUGCCAGGGAAGGCUGUGGGAUUCCAGGCCAUGUGGACGCUGACCGUUACCUGGGUGCUUGGCAGGUGCUUUGAUGUGUCAUAGCCAAGGGAAAGGAACGCCGUUGCCUGGCUGUUUUCUGAAGGGCUUACAUAGGCUGCGUUUUCUCCCUCGCAGAUAUGCCAGUCCUCUCCUGCGACUCUGUGUAGGCACCACCACCUUAAUCCCACCAAUGCCUCACAUGCUCAUCCCUGUUUCCUGUGCUGCAUCAACGCUGUAGAGGCACAGAACAGGUGGAGUGGUGAGGAAAUCAGAUGGCCUUUGGCCCCAUUUCUUCAUGUCAGGGUGUGGACUUUCGGUGGGAAAUUGCUAGCCCCUAAUUUAUAGACUGAGUCAACCUGAGAAGAUGAUGUACUUUCCAUCCGUCUGAAUGCAAAGAUGCUGGAGGGCUGGCUGGAACUGGGACAUCUAAUGAAGAUUUGAGUUUGACUAGGUUCAUGGAAAAAAGAAAAGCCAGUGCUGCAUAUAAAUAAAUGAAGCACUUGCAGGAGAUUUGAAAGGAAAAAAGAAACCGAAGCCAGUAUUUUAAUAAUUGUCUUUUUUUUUUUUAAUUCUUGUGUAUUUUCUGUUGGGCCAGGGGGUACCAUCAAAGGGUGAGCUCAAAGGGUGAGCUUUUCUGCUUUGUAUGAAAAUCCCAAGGACCUUCUUUCUUUGGCCAUUUCUGUGGAUAUGUGGCAUCUGCUGAGUAGUAAUGCUGGCCUCCAGUGGCUGGGAGACCUCAUUGCAAGUUGCCUACAGGAGAGACCCAGAGAGGAAAAUGGCCAACAGCUCUGUUGACUUAUCUGUAUCUACAAUAUUGCAUUAAUAAAAAACAACACUGUGCUAGGCCCAUUCCAGGACAUGGCUAUGACCACACCCUCUUUCCCUAGGGGGUUUCUGUAGCAAGUUUUCAUGUUUUUUUCAAACAAUGGUUUCUCUGCGUUUACUGUUGAAGAAAAAAAUAGGGUAGACAGACUACCCAUGCAUGAUGUAGAGAGCUGUUGAUUUGUUUUUUGUUUGUUUUUUUUUUUUAAAGAAAACUAUUUGUAAGAUGUUGCACUAAAAUGUUUUAUAUACACUUCAGAGACCUGUAGUAAAUUAUGUUGAAAAUAUGGCUGUUUACAUUGA